AUGUCGGAUCAAAGCAGAAAAAAGGACAUUAAAGCACCAUGUGAAGCACUUGCUUCCCCCAGCCUGGAGCCCUACCCGCAGAGCUCCAUCACGGUCACCCUGGAGGACAUGGGUCUCUGGAUGAAGUUUCAUCAGAUAGGGACAGAGAUGAUCAUCACCAAAUCUGGCAGACGAAUGUUUCCACAAUGCAAAAUCAAAGUCUCUGGCUUAAUCCCAUAUGCCAAGUACCUCAUGCUGGUGGAUUUUGUGCCUGUGGACAACUUCAGGUACAAGUGGAAUAAAGACCAGUGGGAAGUUGCUGGAAAAGCAGAGCCUCAGCUCCCUUGUCGCACCUAUGUCCACCCAGAUUCCCCUGCUCCUGGCAGCCACUGGAUGAAGGAACCUGUCUCCUUCCAGAAACUGAAGCUCACCAACAACACUCUGGAUCAACACGGGCAUAUCAUCCUCCACUCCAUGCACCGUUACAAGCCUCGCUUCCACAUUGUGCAGGCAGAUGACCUCUUCAGUGUUCGCUGGAGCAUCUUCCAAGUCUUCAGCUUCCCUGAGACUGUCUUCACUUCUGUCACAGCCUACCAGAAUGAGCAGAUCACAAAGCUGAAGAUUGACAACAAUCCAUUUGCUAAAGGUUUCCGGGAGCAUGGGAAGAACACUCGAAGGGAAGGACGAGCCAAAUCCCAGAAGCCAAGUCCAGCCAAGGGCCAGAAGAGAAAGCUGCCAGAGGAAAAGGAGUCUGGUGCUGAGGAACGUGAUUUUGAGAAAGAUGAGAAUGUGGAUGUGAAGGAAGAGAGUAACCCCAUCGUGGUCAGCAGUGGAUACCCCUUCUGGAUCUCAGAGCAGAACAGCAGCCAUGCCUUUCCUGCAGCAUCACCAGUGCCAGCUGAACAGAGGGAGGGUCCAGCCAGGGAGCAGCAAGUGCCUACAUCAUCCUACCAGACAUACCGGUUCCACGAAGCUGGGGACAGCCAGCAGCUCCCCAGCCGCGACGUGGCUGCCUUGAACGACUUCCGAGCGAGGUGCCACCCCUUGGAUCUCGCCACAGUGCCCGAGCACGACUCCAAACAGCUGCCAGAGGGCUUCACCAACCUGCCUCCACUGCCCCCACCUCUGCCCCCUCCCCAGGACUACAGCGGAGUGGUGAACAUGGCUCUGGACUCGGUGGGGAAACCUGGAGCUCGAGCGCCCAUGUACAGUCCUUAUGGCACUGAGCAAGGCCUUGGGCAGUGGAUGGUGCCACCCCACAGCCAGUACAGGGCGAUGAGCUACUCAGCCUUCUCCACAGAUUACAACACACAAGGGGCUUCGGGACAUGCCCACGGGACCAUGGCAGAGUGGAGCCAGUACCCACUGUUCCCCUAUGCCUGCUGGUGAGCAGGGAGGAUCCUUCCCAAUGAAAA